GGUUAAUACACGUGCGUUGUUGCUACACUCCGGUCUUCUUCCCUGUACCACCCGACCUGGGCGCAUGUGUGCUGUAUAUACUGUGUGGAUUCAUUAAUACCAGUCCGUAUAUCUGCACAUUUCAGAACUGACGUGUGUCGUCGCUACAUCCUCUCGAACGUCGAAUACCGCUGACUUCCUGACAUCCCUCGCUACACCGAAAUCCGCGAAUUCAGCGAACCAAUCGAACGUGCAGAAUGUGAACUUGACCUAGAGAAGUGCCUGGGCUUUCGACCUUGUGACAUCUUGUCUGAAGACUCGCCACUUCGCUCCCUUUGUCAGAAUGGCGUCCACCGUCAGAUAUUUUGUUCGCGGUCUCAGUACUUCGUCGUCGAUGCAGAAAUUAAUAAUGCGCUUUACUCAGCAGCUUCCAAGCUAAAAAAUCUGGAAGCGAUUGAGAAAGAUAUGAAUACGAUUCGGGACACCUUGGCUAAAGAUGUACGGUUGCGGGAGUUCUGCAUGGACCCGAGUUUACAGCGUUCGGUCAAGGCGAAAGAAUUCGCAAAGGUGCUGGAUAAACUGAAAGUCAAUCCACCGACAAAAAAUACCUAUGUUCUGUUAGCGGAAAACGGAAGACUGGAUCGCAUCAAUGUGCUCCUCGAAAAAUUCGCUCAAAUUAUGAGCGCACAUCGUGGCGAGGUGCCGUGCGUUGUGCGUACAGCCAAGGCCUUGGAUAAAGCUACUGAACAGGAACUACGAACCGCUUUGGCCGGGUUCAUCAAGCCGAAUCAGAAGUUGCAACUAACUCUUGAGCUGGAUCCGUCUCUAAUCGGUGGUAUGGUUGUCAGCAUCGGUGAUCGGUUUGUGGACAUGUCGAUCGCCCGCAAGAUACGAAUCUACCGUGAGGCAAUGGAACAGCCACUGUGAUGCAUAGACCUAAUCGCCCCGUAUGAAGUCGUACAGUCUAGCAAUUUUUUCCAAAGACCGAUCUCGUA